AUGGCUUUCUUCUCAAUAAGCCCCUCAUUCCACACCAUAAGAUCAAAGACCACAAUUCAAGAAUUGGUGCACCCCAUGAGCCAUCAAACCAAACCCACCUUCAUGGCUUGCCAAACCCGAUUUGGGUUCGAUCCACCCACGGAUAAAGAGAAAGAGAGUAAGGAGAAGAAGGAAAGUUUGAAGGAGGUUUUUGUGAGUGUACAGAAGCUUGGAAGAGGAAUUAAAGAAAGUUUGAGUCCUAAACAAAAAGGGGAUUGGAAGGAUUUGGUACUCAUGAGUCUAUCAUUCGCGGUUUAUGUUUAUAUUUCUCAAAGGAUUGUGUGUGCUUAUUGUGCAUGGAAUUCCACAUUUGAGCACCAUUGGUAG